AUGAACUCGGCAUUUGAUCCUUGGACGCAGAACAUCACUCUGACUCGUUCCGACGGGACGACGGUCAUCUCAUCUCUGGCACUAGCGGACGAGUUCCUGCGCUACAUGAUUCGUCUCAGCAUCAACUAUGGCGCCCAGCUCGGCGCAUGCGUCGUGCUCCUCCUAGUCCUCUUGCUGCUGACGAGACCAGAGAAGCGCGUCUCAUCCGUUUUCGUGCUGAACGUUGCUGCGCUACUCGCCAACAUUAUACGGCUGGGCUGCCAGCUCAGCUAUUUCACCACCGGAUUUGCUAGGAUAUAUGCGUUGCUGGCUGGCGACUUUUCCAGAGUGUCCCGCGGUGCUUAUGCCGGCCAAGUCAUGGCGUCUGUAUUCUUCACCCUUGUCCUUAUCUGCGUGGAGGUCUCCUUGGUGCUUCAGGUGCAGGUUGUCUGCUCCAACCUCCGUCGUCAGUAUCGGAUCCUGCUACUUGGUGCCUCGACGUUGGCUGCCCUUGUUCCAAUCGCGGUUCGCUUGACUUACUCGGUACAAAACUGCAUGGUGAUCAUGCACGCAGGAACCAUGGACCACCUGGAUUGGUUGGAAAGUGCCACUAACAUCGUGACAACCGUCAGCGUCUGCUUUUUCUGCGCCGUCUUUGUCGUCAAGCUUGGCCUCGCCAUCAAACUGCGAAAGAGGUUGGGUGUGAAGCAAUUCGGACCGAUGAGGGUCAUCUUCAUCAUGGGUUGCCAAACCAUGACCAUCCCAGCCAUUUUUGCCAUUUGCCAGUACUUCAGCGAAAUCCCGGAAUUCUCGCAUAACGUCCUAACCCUCGUCAUCAUCUCGCUCCCUCUUUCCUCCAUUUGGGCUGGAUUCACCCUUGAGCAGGCAAACUCCACCGCGCGCUCUACAGAGUCCCGUCACAAUCUGUGGAACAUACUCUCGUCUGACGGCGCAGUGAGAGACAAACCCGGCCAAUGUAUCAGCUCCCCUCUGACCUCGCCGAACACCACAUGUUACUCACAGCAUUCAACCGGUAAACCACAGCAGGACCCGGAGAACGGGUUCGGCAUUGCGGUGGCGCAUGACAUCUCCAUCCAUAGCUACCAAAAGGAUGCCCGCGGGGAUGUGUGA